AGUCGAGUCACGUGAGGCUUUAGGUGGCGGCGGGGCUGUUGGGAGAGUGUGAGAAGAGGAAGGGGAAGCCGGAAGGGGUGUUGAGUGGAGCUCCGGGGACGAGAGACAGCUUGGAGAAGGCCGGGGGCUGCGCGCGCACCCGCCUCUCGCUCAGCCGGCUUGGGCCCUCUGCGGCGGCGGCCAGGUGACAGCUGGGCCGGGCCUCCGCGUGUCACCGCCCCUCCCCCCCGGCCGGGCCGGUGCCGCUGCGAGGUUCGAUGCCACUCGGGCACGUCCGGGGCAGUUUUUGACUCCCCUGUGGCCCGGAUUGCGACAGUCCCUCCGUGUCCCAUCGCUGCUCCAGCCCCAGGAUGCAGAAUGUGAUCAACACGGUGAAGGGAAAGGCUCUGGAAGUGGCCGAGUACCUGACCCCGGUCCUCAAGGAAUCAAAAUUUAAGGAAACGGGUGUAAUCACCCCAGAAGAGUUUGUGGCAGCUGGAGAUCACUUAGUCCACCACUGUCCAACAUGGCAAUGGGCUACAGGGGAAGAAUUGAAAGUGAAGGCAUAUCUACCGACAGACAAACAAUUUUUGGUAACCAAAAAUGUUCCAUGCUACAAACGGUGUAAACAGAUGGAGUAUUCGGAUGAAUUGGAAGCUAUCAUUGAAGAAGAUGAUGGUGAUGGGGGAUGGGUAGAUACAUAUCACAACACAGGUAUUACAGGAGUUACUGAAGCAGUUAAGGAGAUUACACUGGAAAGCAAGGACAGUAUAAAACUCCAAGAUUGCUCAGCACUGUGUGAUGAAGAAGACGAGGAAGAUGAAGGGGAAGCUGCAGACAUGGAAGAAUAUGAAGAGAGUGGAUUGUUGGAAACAGAUGAGGCUACCCUAGACACAAGGAAAAUAGUGGAAGCCUGCAAAGCUAAGGCUGACGCUGGAGGUGAAGAUGCUAUUUUACAAACGAGAACUUACGACCUGUACAUCACUUACGACAAAUAUUACCAGACACCACGGCUAUGGUUGUUUGGCUAUGAUGAGCAACGGCAGCCUUUAACAGUUGAGCACAUGUAUGAAGACAUCAGUCAAGAUCAUGUGAAGAAAACAGUGACCAUUGAAAACCAUCCUCAUCUCCCACCACCUCCUAUGUGUUCAGUUCACCCAUGCAGGCAUGCUGAAGUGAUGAAGAAAAUUAUUGAGACAGUUGCAGAAGGCGGGGGAGAGCUUGGUGUUCAUAUGUAUCUUUUAAUUUUUUUGAAAUUUGUUCAAGCUGUCAUUCCAACAAUAGAAUAUGACUACACAAGACACUUCACAAUGUAGUGGAGAGGAUAUAGAGUCUAUCCUAAUUACUGCUUCUGAUUUUUAAAGAAUUAAUACAUAGAUGUGACCAUUGACCAUAUUUACCAAUAAGAAUAAUUUCUCUAAUAAUGGGACUUAUAUGUUUAUGCAUUAAAUAAAAACUGUUCUACUACCAGCCUUAUUUGUUUAAUAAAAUGUGUGUGAAGAGA